UCGCCGGCUACGCAGGCGGCGGGGCUGCGGCACGGGCCGGGCGGCACCAUGGCGGCGGCGGCGCCUGCUGCUGCGGCGGCUUCUUCCGAGGCGCCGGUGGCGUCUGCGACGGCUGAGCCCGGGGCCGGGGCCGAGGACAGUCGAGAGGUCCGAGUGCUGCAGAGCCUGCGGGGCAAGAUCUGUGAAGCGAAAAAUUUAUUGCCAUAUCUUGGACCCAACAAAAUGAGAGAUUGUUUCUGCACCAUAAAUUUGGACCAGGAAGAGGUUUAUCGUACCCAAGUUGUUGAAAAGUCUUUAAGCCCAUUUUUCAGUGAAGAAUUUUACUUUGAGAUUCCAAGAACUUUCCAGUAUUUGUCUUUCUAUGUUUAUGAUAAGAAUGUUUUACAAAGAGAUCUUCGUAUAGGAAAAGUAGCCAUCAAAAAAGAAGAUCUGUGUAACCACAGUGGCAAAGAAACCUGGUUUUCACUACAACCUGUCGAUUCCAAUUCGGAGGUUCAGGGUAAAGUUCACCUUGAAUUAAAACUGAAUGAACUGAUAACAGAGAAUGGAACUGUGUGCCAGCAGCUUGUUGUACACAUCAUGGCAUGCCAUGGGUUGCCUCUCAUAAAUGGACAAAGCUGUGACCCUUAUGCAACAGUCUCUCUAGUGGGCCCUUCUAGGAAUGACCAAAAGAAGACAAAAGUAAAGAAGAAAACGAGCAAUCCGCAGUUUAAUGAAAUCUUUUAUUUUGAGGUAACCAGAUCCAGUAGUUACACAAGGAAGUCCCAGUUCCAGGUAGAAGAGGAGGACAUUGAAAAGCUAGAAAUUAGGAUCGACUUGUGGAACAAUGGAAACCUGGUCCAAGAUAUUUUCCUGGGCGAGAUUAAGGUUCCUGUGAACGUGUUAAGAAAUGAUUCCUUUCAUCAAGCCUGGUACUUGCUACAACCAAGAGACAAUGGAAACAAGUCAUCUAAAACUGAUGAUCUGGGGUCUCUUCGAUUAAAUAUAUGUUAUACAGAAGACUAUGUGCUUCCUUCAGAGUACUAUGGUCCUUUGAAAACAUUGCUGCUAAAAUCACCAGAUGUUCAGCCGAUAUCUGCCUCAGCUGCUUACAUUUUGGGUGAAAUUUGUCGAGAUAAAAAUGAUGCUGUUUUGCCCCUUGUACGACUGCUGCUGCACCAUGAUAAACUUGUUCCUUUUGCCACUGCAGUGGCUGAAUUAGACUUGAAGGAUACACAAGAUGCAAACACAAUUUUUAGAGGAAAUUCUUUGGCUACCCGAUGUCUGGAUGAGAUGAUGAAAAUAGUGGGAGGGCACUACCUGAAAGUCACAUUAAAACCUAUUCUAGAUGAGAUAUGUGAAUCCUCAAAAUCAUGUGAAAUCGAUCCUAUUAAAUUGAAAGAGGGAGAUAAUGUAGAAAAUAAUAAGGAGAAUCUACGCUACUAUGUAGACAAGUUAUUCAGUACAAUUGUAAAAUCAAGUAUGAGCUGCCCCACUGUAAUGUGUGAUACCUUUUAUUCUCUAAGGCAAAUGGCUACUCAAAGAUUUCCUAAUGACCCUCAUGUUCAGUAUUCUGCAGUGAGCAGCUUUGUAUUUCUUCGUUUCUUUGCUGUAGCCGUAGUAUCACCUCAUACUUUUCAUUUGCGACCUCAUCAUCCAGAUCCACAGACAAUUAGAACAUUAACCCUCAUCUCAAAAACCAUUCAAACUUUGGGAAGCUGGGGGAGUCUGUCCAAAAGCAAGUCAAGUUUCAAAGAGACGUUCAUGUGUGAAUUUUUCAAAAUGUUUCAAGAAGAAGGGUAUAUUAUAGCAGUUAAAAAGUUCUUGGAUGAAAUUUCAUCUACUGAAACUAAAGAAUCCAGUGGUACGAGUGAGCCUGUGCACCUGAAAGAAGGUGAGAUGUAUAAAAGAGCUCAGGGAAGAACUCGGAUCGGGAAAAAGAAUUUCAAGAAACGGUGGUUCUGCUUAACAAGCAGAGAGCUCACCUACCACAAACAGCCAGGUAGCAAAGAUGCAAUUUACACAAUUCCAGUGAAAAACAUUCUUGCUGUGGAAAAACUGGAAGAGAGCUCUUUCAACAAGAAAAAUAUGUUCCAAGUAAUACAUAUGGAGAAGCCACUCUAUGUCCAGGCAAAUAAUUGUGUAGAAGCUAAUGAAUGGAUAGACGUCCUCUGCAGGGUGAGCCGAUGCAAUCAGAACAGGCUCAGCUUUUAUCACCCGUCUGCAUAUCUCAAUGGAAACUGGCUCUGCUGUCUGGAGACCAGUGAGAACGCUCUCGGCUGCAAGCCAUGUACUGCAGGUGUCCCUGCAGAUAUCCAAAUAGAUAUUGAUGAAGACAGAGAAACAGAAAGAAUUUAUUCCCUUUUUACCCUCAGUUUGCUUAAGCUGCAGAAAAUGGAAGAGGCUUGUGGAACUAUAGCAGUCUACCAAGGACCACAGAAAGAGCCUGAUGAUUAUUCUAACUUUGUAAUCGAGGAUUCUGUAACAACCUUUAAGACAAUUCAGCAAAUAAAAAGCAUCAUAGAGAAGCUGGAUGAACCUCAUGAAAAGUAUAGGAAGAAAAGAUCAAGUAGUGCAAAAUAUGGGAGCAAGGAAAAUCCAAUUGUAGGAAAAACAUCUUAGAAUAUGACCAACUGAUUCAGAAGAACUGGAAAAUACUAUUUUUGUUGGAGUUUUUCAUUUCAUUGUUUAUUUUGUUCCUGGUAUUUAAGAAUGAACAUUGGCUUCAGUAUCACCUAUAUUCACAUUAUAUUUAAUAUUUAAUAGUUGAAAGUAACUGGGAAUCCCACUGUUGAUGCAUUACUAGAGAAUUUGAAACUCAAAGAUUCCCUUCAUAUCUUAUAUGUCAAAAGCCAUGUGUCUGCAGCUUCUUUUUAAUAGAAAGAAUCUUCCUAAAGAAGCUUUAUAACAAAAGGAGAACUCCUCCAUAACAAGAAACCAUCUCUUGCUGUGACACUCCAUGUUCUGUGGACUUCUCACUACCAUCAGUGCCUGCUCUAUACUGCCAGUGUUGUGUUUUACUAGAAAAUCCAGCCCAUGACACUUCAGAGCUUUCCCUUUAGUUCAUCCAGACCCUCCCUCUUCAAAAAAGAAAAAAAAAAAGGGGUUUUCCUUUCGUCUGUUAGUCAUUACAGAUUACAGUAGGGACUUUUGAAAACUGCCAGAGCAUCCUUGAAGGUUGGUAGCUCCUUUUGCCUAUUUAAAGAUGUAAACAGAACUCAGACAGGAGGAAUCAUGGAACAUACACUGUUGUGUGCAUCUUGUUUACAUUUGGGAUGAGUGAUGGCAGAUGAAAUACAAUGAGACCACUAAAUUUUUUUCAUUGUUUUAAAUAUCAGGUACUCAUAUUCUUGAUUUGAAAGUUCAAGUUAACAUGACUUGUAAGGACA